GGAAGAGGGAGUUUAGAAAUUUUGAGGUUUAUGAAGUGGGGAGUAUGAUAUGGGCAGAUGAAUCAUAUCUUAGUGGAUGUCUAAUUGGUCAGAAUGAAUAAUGCAAUUUUAUAUUUAAUAUAAUUAAAAUCUACAUACAAUGGAUAUGCAUCCGAUCAUUUCUACAUCAAAAUAAAAAGCAAUUAAGUAUUAAAUAAUUUUCAUAAAUUGAGUUGCUGUAGUUGGAGAUAAAGGAGUUGGUAAACAUUAAUUAAUUGAGAAAAUGCUGGAUGUUGAAACGAAAGUGAAUGACAGAGAUAUAAU